AUGGCGAAUGGGAGAGUCGAAAUCGGGUUAGAGAGAAAGGUCCAGCCGAAGAGGGCGACCUUAUUCGCUAACCAGAGAAUCUUCUUCUCCGUCGAGCCACCCGGCGGCCGGAAGAAGAAAGGUCACGAGGGAGAGAGAGUUGCUUGGUUGAUGCCACUACUAAAAGCUAUCUCUAAUGGGUCAUCACAAAUCAGGGGAAAUCAAGUCCUUGGAAACCCUUACAAUUGGAGUUCAUUCAUUUUAAGGGCAUCUCCAACGCAUUUUGAAGAUGCUAAGCAGGCAGAAGAGGUGGCUGCGGGAGGGACAGCUGCGGGUCCCCCUGUGAUUGGUGAGAAGAGGAGGCCAGAGCAGAAAGCUGCUGGUGGUGUUGAAACCAAACGUCGGAGGCUAGUAACCAAAAGGUCUGCUCCGGCGCAGAAAAAACCUGCGGUUGUCGUUGAGCGUCAAGGUGAAGAUUUUUCUAUCUUCGAUGCUCCGGAGUCCCCUCCGCGUGCUAUGGAUGCGGGUGGAGCGGAGGUGCCAUCGACACCUCCCGUCAAGGUGGUACCUGAGUCAACCGUGCAGAAGGAGGGUACCGCAGAGAAUGCUGCGGCCCAGAUAUUUGAUACUGUCGACUCGUCCAACAACCUGAUCUCUCCCAAUGAGGGAGACGAUUUGAGUUUGCGGUUUACUGCUACCGGGAAGCAACAUGCUGAUGCUGAACCGCAAAAAACUGGCGAUGAAGCGCGGCAGCAUGAUGCUGGGCUGCAGAAGUCUGCGGUUGAUAAGGGUACCAGUUCGUCGGCCGAUGGUGCGGGGUAUGACGGGCCUCCAAUUCAGCCUGGGGAGUCUGAAUUGGAGUAUUACUACCGCACCUACUCCCAGGAUCGCAGUACGCUGUAUCAUCGACCCCCCUGGACUGUAUUGCAGGGGGAUGAUAUUGCUAACGACCCUGCGGCCUGCAGGGAGAUCCUGGGCGGUCUUGGGACCCCAUUUGAAGUUGAGCGGGCUCGUGCCGCACCGCGGGAGCUGCGUAUAAACCAGCUCUCGACCAUGUUGGUAGGGACUUCCAUUGUGGCUAAUGCCAUUUUGGAAGAUUAUAAGGUGCUGGGCCGCCGCGAGGAGGAGGCUGCUCGUAUGCGGGCGGAAGCCGAGAAGUUGGUCGAGGCUGCUCGUGCGGGUGCGGAGCAGCUCGAGAAGGACAAGGCUGCUUUUGAAAAGCAGAAACAGACUUCUGAAUGGGCUGCCGCUGCCCAGCUGAAACAGGUGCGUACCCUUGCUAAACUUCUUGCUGAUGAGCGCAAAAGUUGGAAUGAAAAAAUGUCCAAUGAGCGCAAGAAGUGGAAUGCAUCAUGGGCUAAGCAGAAUGACAUUCUGUUUCAUGCUCGGCAGGAGCUGACAAAUGCCAAGGCAGCGAAUGCUACCUUGAGCCAAGAGAAGGCUGCUGCUGAGGCCAUUUCUGUGAAGGCGCUGCAGGCGAAGGCCGACGCCUUGAAGGCGCUUGAAGAGGCCAAAGCAGCCGGGGCUCGUGCCUCAAAGGCCCAUGAAGAGGCCGCAGAGAAGGAGAGCCGUGCUUCUAAGGCUCUUGAAGAGGCGAAUGCGGAGCGCAUUCGUUUAGGCAAAGUUGUUGAAAGCCUGCAGGCUGAGGUUCAGGCCCGGGAGGUCGCAGUUACGGACCUUACUACCCGCGUGUCUGCUGCGGAGAAGCGGGCUGACGCUGCUCCACAUUUUUACAGUAUGAGUGAUCAAGGACCUUCGGACGCUUACUGUCAGUUGUCCAGCUCACCUUGGGACGAAGGAACCUCUUCACAGCCUACCCCCUCGGGGGAAAUUCUAAAGAACCCGUACCCUUACAAAGAACCCAUGCCACAAUACCCGGACCCGAUAACAGCACCCGCACCACCCAUGAGCACUGAGAAUGUGCAAGACCUCCGCACCUUUGGUGAGGAGAUAUUAGAAGGAAGUGAGAGGAUGAGACAGAUAGGGGAAAGACUCGUCUGGAAAUAUGACGAGCGUAACAUGCAAUACUGGAUGAACCCCUAUUAG